AUGGCACCAGCGCAAGCUAAGCGGAUCAAAACUCUGUCAGUGGCGCGGCCCAUUGUCUAUGGGAACACGGCUAAGAAGAUGGGCGAUGUGCGGCCGGCCAUUGCGCCGAGCGAGCACACACACAUGUGGACAAUCUUUGUACGAGGCCCGCAGGGCGAGGAUAUCUCGUACUUCAUCAAGAAAGUAGUAUUCAAGCUGCACGAGACGUAUCCGAACCCCGUACGGGUGGUGGACGCACCGCCUUUCGAGCUGACGGAAACAGGGUGGGGCGAAUUUGAGAUCAACGUGAAGGUACACUUUGUGGAUGAGGCGAACGAGAAGAUGCUGAACUUCUACCACCACCUGCGGCUGCACCCAUAUACGGAGGAGGAUGGGCGGCGGAGCGACGGCGACGAGGUGAGCUCGGUAUUCUACGACGAAAUAGUGUUCAACGAGCCCAACGAGGCGUUCUUUGCGAAGAUGAUCGAGCAGCCCGGCAAUCUCCUACCGUCGAACAAAACACCGGACUGCGUGUUUUCGCUGCAGCUCGAACAGGAGGAGAUCGACCGGAUACAGCAGGGCAUCGGGAAGGUGGACGAGGAGAUCGAGCAGCUAAAGCAGAAACUGGAGCAGGACUUGGCGAAGUAG